AUGACCAUUUCAUUCCAUGUCAAUCCUGAAUAUGCUCAAUAUACUGAAAUCGUGCCGGGACUCUCUAUUUGUGGAGUUAGUGCCUUAAACGGAGAAACUAUGAAGAAACAUAAAAUCACACAUAUCAUUAAUGCUACCACAGAGGUUCCCAAUAUACGAUCACUUGGAGAUAUUCAAAGAACAAAAUUAUGGCUUGAGGAUACACCAACAACCUACAUUUAUCCUCACUUGGAAUUACAAUCAGAUCAAAUUCAAGCAAUAAUUGUUGAUGGGGGGAGAGUUCUUGUACAUUGCGUGGCUGGAGUUAGUCGUUCAGCCGCAAUAUGUUUGGCUUAUCUUCUUAAAUAUAGAUGUCGAAGUCUGAGAGAUGCUUAUCAUCUAAUGAAAUCAAAGAGACCAAUGGUUCGACCAAAUCUUGGAUUUUGGAGACAGUUGAUAGCUUUUGAACAGAAUGUUAAAGAGAACAGUGGAUCAGUGCGAUUAGUUCGUGAUGAAGCUCAACCAGAGUCUCUUCUUCCAGAUGUUUACUGUAACUUGGCUAUCCAACCACGACCAGCUAGCCCAGAACAGGACCCUGAACGACAACUGGAUGAACCAAGGGAACGCCGAAACUCAGACCGUCGUGCGAAGUUUCAACCAGUUUUGGAAACUCUUACUGAACUAGCUGAAGCAGUUUGUUAA